AUGUCUUCAACCACCACCGCGUCCUCGGCAGUUUCUCCGACGGGUGCAGCAGCAGCGUUGUUUUCCGGCGGAGCUUUCAAUACACCUACGCUAGGUGGAGGACUUGGAUCCGCCCUUAGCAACGCCAGUUCCAGCGGCCUUGGUGCGGCUGGUGGCUCUAGCUCCGGUGGAAGUAUGUACGACAAGAAGGCCUUGUCCUCCUGCCGAUAUCAGCAAGAAAAGUCCGCCACAACACCCCAGAUAAGCUCUUCCUCGAUCGCCGACUAUUACUCAGAUAGUGGAUCGGGCGUGGGAGGAAGCACGGCCGCUGCUGUUGCGGCAGCUGCAGCAGCUGCCGCUGCAGCCGGCCGCAUGUUAGGCCACGGAUCGUCCAUAGUACCCCCCUCCGUAUAUUCGUCAUUCCAAGAGUCGGCGCUGGUGGCGGCUGCCGCCGCGGCACAGCACCAACAUCACACGCACCAUGCGCAUCAUCACCACCACCAGCAAGCGCAACCACAGCAGAACCAUCUGCCGUCGCAGCAGGUAGCAAUUAACAACAGCCUAUUUUCGCCACAUUUCGCAACGGGGUCACCGUACCACCACCCGUCGAUGCAGGUUGGUGCGAGUGGUGCGGGCGGCAGUGGCAGCAGUAUCAGUGCGUACGAAACGAGCACAGCUGCCCGAUCGUGCGCGCUACCUUCGCCUACCAUUUACCCACCGACCCCACCACCAUCGGCCCCCUGGAUCCAUCCUUGGUAUGGAGGAGAUACGUUUUAG